CCGUCCCACCCCCUCCCCCCCGGGUGCUGGCUCCAUGUCUGUGUGACCGGCCCCAGGGGUAGAGUCCAGGCCCGACGCGGGGCGGGCCGGCGGCGGCGGCGGCGGCGGCGGCGGCGGCUGAGGUGAGAGACGGCGGCGGAGGCGGCGCGGGCACCCGGCCCCCCAGCGGGAGGAUGAAGCGGCGGAACGCCGACUGCAGUAAGCUCCGCCGCCCCCUAAAGCGGAAUCGGAUCACCGAGGGCAUCUACGGCAGUACAUUUUUAUACCUGAAAUUCCUGGUAGUGUGGGCACUUGUCCUCCUGGCAGAUUUUGUCCUGGAGUUCAGAUUUGAAUACCUGUGGCCGUUUUGGCUUUUCAUCAGGAGCGUCUAUGAUUCCUUCAGAUACCAGGGACUGGCCUUCUCAGUAUUUUUUGUUUGUGUAGCUUUCACAUCAAAUAUAAUAUGUCUGCUGUUCAUCCCCAUACAAUGGCUUUUUUUUGCUGCUAGCACAUAUGUAUGGGUUCAGUACGUAUGGCACACAGAAAGGGGAGUGUGUUUGCCCACAGUGUCCCUCUGGAUACUCUUUGUUUAUAUUGAAGCAGCAAUUAGAUUUAAAGAUCUCAAAAAUUUUCAUGUAGACCUUUGUCGUCCGUUUGCUGCUCACUGCAUUGGGUACCCUGUGGUGACUUUGGGCUUUGGCUUCAAAAGUUAUGUAAGCUACAAAAUGCGGUUAAGGAAGCAGAAGGAAGUGCAAAAAGAGAACGAAUUUUACAUGCAGCUUCUUCAACAAGCUCUCCCCCCAGAGCAGCAGAUGCUACAGAAGCAAGAAAAAGAGGCCGAGGAAGCAGCCAAAGGAUUGCCUGACAUGGACUCCUCGAUCCUCAUACACCACAACGGAGGCAUCCCAGCCAACAAAAAGCUCUCCACAACCUUGCCAGAGAUAGAAUACCGAGACAAAGGAAAAGAAAAGGACAGGGAUGCCAAAAAACACAACCUUGGAAUAAACAACAACAAUAUCCUACAACCUGUGGACUCAAAAAUACAAGAAAUUGAGUACAUGGAAAACCAUAUCAAUAGUAAAAGAUUAAAUAAUGAUCUUGUGGGAAGUACAGAAAAUCUCUUGAAAGAGGACUCAUGCACUGCUUCCUCAAAAAAUUACAAAAAUGCCAGUGGGGUUGUGAACUCCUCACCUCGCAGUCAUAGCGCCACAAAUGGGAGCAUUCCUUCCUCAUCUAGUAAAAACGAGAAGAAGCAAAAAUGCCCGAGCAAGAGCCCAAGUACACACAAGGACUUAAUGGAAAACUGUAUUCCUAAUAACCAGCUAAGCAAACCAGAUGCACUGGUAAGGCUGGAACAAGACAUUAAAAAGUUAAAGGCCGACCUGCAGGCCAGCAGACAAGUGGAACAGGAGCUCCGCAGUCAGAUCAGCUCCCUCUCCAGCACCGAGCGGGGGAUCCGCUCUGAAAUGGGCCAGCUCCGGCAGGAGAACGAGCUGCUGCAGAACAAAUUACAUAAUGCUGUGCAAAUGAAGCAAAAAGACAAACAAAAUAUCAGCCAGUUGGAGAAAAAGCUAAAAGCUGAGCAGGAAGCCCGAAGUUUUGUAGAAAAGCAAUUAAUGGAGGAGAAGAAAAGGAAGAAGUUGGAAGAAGCUACUGCUGCCCGGGCCGUUGCAUUUGCUGCCGCGUCUAGGUAUGAGCUUCGGAAAUAAAAAAAAAACGAGAAGGACACUGAGGUGAAAAAAAAAGCCCUCUCGGCCAUGCAAGAAAAAAAAAAGCACCUGGAGAACAGUCUGAGUGCAGAGACGAGAAUCAAGCUGGACCUGAAAAAAAAACUGGGGGAUGCAAAGCGACAAAAAAAAAUUGCCCAAGGACAAAUUCUUCAGAAAGACCAGAAAAAAAAGGACCUUAAACAGAAGAUAGCAAAAAAAAUGGCCGUCAUGCCCAGCAUAAAAAAAAAAGCCGCCACCAGCCCCCUGAGCAAAAAAAACCCCCACUACUCUUCCAAAUUAAAAAAAACCAGCCCCUCUGGACUCGAUCCCAAUGCCUCUGUUUACCAGCCCCUGAAGAAAAAAAAACCAGCUGUGGCAACUGGCAGCCUCAUCCGCUCCCUCUCCGGAGAGUGUGUCCUUCCAGCUGCCGCCGCUGGAAGCCACAAAUGUCCCAAGCACCGCAGGAACUGGCCCCCGGGGGCAUUUCGGGCACCACGCAGGCUGGCACAGCGGGGGCUGGUGGCCCUCUCUGGGGAGGCCCCGUGGGGCCGCGCUGCUGGGCGCGCCGAUUCCCGGCCUCCCUCGCAGGAGGGGCCCCGGGGACCAAGUCGCAGCCCCUGCAAGGUCACCGCAGUGAUGGAAGCCACUUUCAGCCCGAGGCCUCCGGUCACCGCGGGCCUUCUUCUUCCGCCCCGCUGGCUGAGGCCAGACAUGGCAACAGCCCAGGGAGGUGCCGACGGAGCCCGCGGGAUGGAAGGGCUGGACGGCGUGGAAGGAAAUGGCCCUCGGACUGGGCAGCGCGCAGGCGGCCUCCAGACGGGCACACUCGCCGGGCCUGCUGUGUGA